AAGCCGCCAAACUCUAUCAAUCCAAUUCAAAUCAACACCACUGACACACACUGAAUUGAAGAAACACACAGAGAGCUAACUAAAGAAACAGAGCUAAACCGGAAACAAAGAAAUCGUGAUGGAGGGAUCUUCUUCUUCUUCUUCGAUGCAGUCGAAAUACAAAGGAGUGAGGAAGAGGAAAUGGGGCAAAUGGGUUUCAGAGAUCAGACUUCCCAACAGCAGAGAACGUAUCUGGCUUGGCUCUUACGACACUCCUGAGAAGGCGGCGCGAGCCUUCGACGCGGCUCUUUACUGCCUCCGAGGCAACAAUGCAAAGUUCAAUUUCCCUGACAACCCUCCGGUAAUCUCCGGCGGACGAAACCUAUCUCGGUCGGAGAUACGAGAAGCGGCUGCGAGGUUCGCUAAUUCACAGGACGAAGACUCGAGCGUUCAAGCAGGAUACGAGACACGGCAACUUCAUGAAGAGUCUACUUCAAACUCGAUGGACAUUAUUGAUUCGGAGUUCUUGAGCAUGCUCCCGACGGUUGGUUCGGGUAAUUUCGCAUCGGAGUUUGGGUUGUUCCCUGGGUUUGAUGAUUACUCCGACGAAUACUCCGGUGAUCGUUUCAGGGAACAGCUUUCACCUACACAACAACACGAUUAUUAUUAUCACGGAGAAGACGCUUACGAUAGUUCCAUGAUCCUUUGGAAUUUUUGAAUUUUUCAUGACUCCAUAUCAUCAUCAGACUACAGAAUCUGAAAAUUUUGAUUUGUGGUUUUUUAAAAAAUUUAUUUUGUUCCUUAUUGUAUUUUUUUCCCCAAAUGUUUUUGGAUUUUUGGGGUUUAGGGAUUCAUUUUUUAUUUUUUUCCCCACGUGUUAGAGUUAUCAGAUUAAACAAGGCCUGCCAAACCUAAUUAAUAAUAAAAAUACGUAUAUAGUAUAUAUUUGGAUAAACCAAUCUUGCUUGUAUUUUACACGAUUCAGCCCAAUAAUAUUA